AUGUCUACCAGCACGAUAGACAAGUCGCUACCCGCUGAAGGUAGGGACAAGCCUGCUCCCUACAAGAAACCCAUCUUUCUCGCCACAGAGAUCCGUCUCGCCGCGAAGAUCGACUUCGCCGCAACGAUCUCCUCCGCCAAGAAAGGACGAGAGCCCCCUCCGUCCGCACCACGCCGCUCGAGAAAAUCUUCCUCGAGCGACAAACCCCGCAGCUCGAAGAAAUCCUCCUCGAGCGAGAAGAUCCUCAAACUCAUGGAGAAUCUCGUCAAGCCACUCGCCGACGGUUUCGAGUCAAUGCGAGCACAGCAGAAAAAGACUCAGGAACAGGUGGAAGCCCUAGCACGAGAAGACGAUGAAGAUCCGUCAAGUCCCACUGACGGAACAACCCCGUCCGCGCACUUCAGGCGACUUACCACCCAAGAACUCGAACGGAUGAAUCGUCGCCUCGACGAGGUCGAUUCGAAAGUUCAUCGCGCCACCAGCUCAGCUCCGGAAUUGACGAAAGCACUCGCCGACACCCGAAGAAGCCCGCUCACCCGCAGGCUCCGCCAGAUUGAGCUACACGAAAGAGUUCGACUCAAAAUCGACUCUUACACCGGCGAAGAAGACCCCAAGAAGUGGCUAACCGCGUUCAACCUCGCCAUGAGGAGGGAGAAAUACAAAUCUUACGAUGAAAGGGAGGCCAACUACUGUCGUCGAGCACAUGGCGAAAGAUGCCUUGACCUGGUUCUCUAA